CCGAGUGGAAUCCAAAAUGGCGGAUUCAACCUCUUACGUUCUCUACAUUAUUCUCUUCUUUUUCUUCACCAUUCUCCUUCAAUAUCUUCUUCACCCACGUUCGUAUGCCCGCCCCCGUCCGCCGAGUCCGCCGGCGCUUCCGCUAGUCGGCCACCUCCACCACUUCUCCCCAUCCGUUUACAAAUCCUUCCACAAUCUCGCCGCCAAGUACGGCGAUCUUCUCUUUCUCCGUCUCGGCAGAGUCCGAUGCGUUGUCAUUUCGUCGGCGUCGUACGCCGCCGAAAUCUACAAAAAUCAGGACGUUAAUUUCUCGUCGCGGCCGAAAUUCGCGUUCGGCGAUGAGCUUCCGUACGCGAAGGCAGGAUUCUUCGCGGCAGAGUACGGGGAUUAUUGGAGAUUCAUGAAGAAACUGACGAUGACGGAGCUUUUAUCGCAGCGGCAGGUUGAGAGAUCGCGCGGUGUACGGAGAGAAGAAAUGUUGAAAUUGUUGAGGAAAUUGUGUGAGUGCGGCGAGAAGAAGGAGGUUGUGGAUUUGGGGGCAGAGCUCGUCAAACUCACCAACAAUAGCACUUGUAGGUUGGUGAUGAGUACAAGAUGUUCAGGUGACGAUGACGAUGAAGCGGAGAAGAUAAGAUUAUUAGUAAAAGAAACAUUCGAGAUGGCAUCAAAAGUAGCGUUUGGGGAUGUAUUUGGAUGGCCUUUAGAGCGGUUAGCCUUUUGGAUGUUUGGAAGACAAGCAAAGGAUGUGACUUUGAGGUAUGAUGAGAUUUUGGAGAAUAUAUUAAGACAACAUGAAGAUAGAGGAAGAGAAGAAGGUUUGGAUAGGGAAGAUAGAGAUUUAAUGGACAUUUUGUUGAAGGUUUAUCAAGAUCAUAAUGCUGAGUUCAACAUUACUAGAACCAAUAUCAAGGCUUUCUUGCUUGAUUUAUUUCUAGGUGGAACUGGUACAUCAACAGAGGUAUCACAGUGGACAAUGGCGGAACUUCUAAACCAUCCAAAAGUAUUUAACAAACUCAGAAACGAAAUAAACUCCAUUGUAGGAACCUCCAGACUCGUCGGCGAAGAUGACCUCCCAAAUCUCCCUUACUUACAAGCUGUCGUGAAAGAGGCUCUCCGCCUCUACCCUGCUGUCCCAAUUGCCAUGAGAACCUGUCGUCAAGACUGCACAAUCGACGGCUACCACAUUCCCAAGGAUACAAUGGUUGCAGUCAACCUGUUCGACAUAAUGCGCGACCCAAAAAUUUGGAAAAAUCCAAACAAAUUCGACCCCGAAAGAUUCACUGACGAUGUGCAGUACAAGUUUAAGGGGCAACAAAGUUUCAAUUUUGUGCCCUUUGGUGGGGGAAGAAGAGCCUGUCCUGGCUCCACUUUGGCCUUCAGUUUCAUUAGCAAUGUGAUUGCAACAAUGGUUCAAUGUUUUGAUUGGAAAAUUAUUGGGAGAUCAGAUAAUAAUAGGGAUGGAAUAAGUAAAGUGGAUAUGGAGAUUGGAGCUGCCUUUACUUUGCCUAUGGCUAACCCUCUUCGUUGUGUUCCUAUAGUUCGCUUCAACCCUUUUGAUGGCAUCUAAAUUAGCGAGGAAGCUCUUUAGAUGAGGAUAUGGAAAUGGAGGUAUAGCUUUGAAAAACUCAACCUUGUUUCAAAUUCAAUUAAUGUGGAUUGUGAAAUUAGGGUCUAGUUAGGUUAUAAACUUUACAUUGUUAAUUUCAACCAAGAGACAAUUUGAUUGUCACAAUAACAAUGACAAUACAAAUUUGAUUUUUAAACGUC